CAGUUUGUUUAGAUCAUCAUUUUCACCACAAGCCUCUCACGCUUAAAGCUAGAAGACCCUUUCCUUGUCCAUUUUGUGUUUUUUGCUGACUUUUCUGCACCUGACACUGGCUGUCAUCUGAGCUCAGCUCCAUUAAAAGCAGGUUCUUGAAAGGUUUUCCGAAGUUUUUCCACUUUACAUUAGCAGAUGGCGGCGCUGUACCUCGGUGUUCUUCUGUGGCUUCAGUGUGGACUGUUGCGUGCAGCUGAGCCUCAGAGUUCUCAGAACCUGAACUGUCCUGCUCUUGCUGGAGUACCAGGCACUCCUGGACACAACGGUCUGCCUGGAAGAGACGGCCAAGAUGGAAAGGAUGGGGCCAUUGGGCCUCAAGGAGAGAAGGGAGAGCGAGGAAUGGAUGUGCAAGGACCACCAGGUAAAGCAGGACCACCUGGACCCCAAGGAGUACAAGGUCAUGUUGGUUUUCCUGGUUUACCAGGUCGUCCUGGAAGUGACACAAUGUCCCUCAAACCUGAGAUCCAGCAGCUAACUGCCAAAAUUGCCUUGAUGGAGAAAGUUUCAAGUUUUAGUACAUUUAGAAAGGUUGGGCAGAGAUAUUACGUUUAUGAUGGCCUUAAGGACAGUUUUGAUCAGGGGAUUAAAUUCUGCAAGGCAGCUGGUGGAACGAUGGUUUUGCCAAAAGAUGCUGCUGAAAACCAAGGUUUGUUAAGAUUAUCUGUUGCCAGUGGUUUAAGUGGUAAGGUGUUCAUUGGAGUCACAGACAGACAAAGAGAAGGGCAGUUUGUGGACGUUGAUGGACAGCUCUUGACUUUUACCAAGUGGGGUUUAGGUCAGCCUGAUGACUACAAUGGUGGACAAGACUGUGGUACCCUCCUAGUGGAUUCUGGGGAUUGGGAUGAUGUUGGUUGUAAUGAUCCACAUCCUGUCAUAUGUGAAAUAGAAAUCUGAUAGAAUCUUCUGCACUAUUGAUAUGUGUAUGUGUGGGACGGAUGCCCAUUCAUCCAACCACCAGGGGGAGCUCUCUCCAAAAUACUAAAACCUUACUAUUCACUCAACAUUUGUUUUCUAUUUGUCUCAUGUAUACUAUAUAUAACCAUGCUUUCCAUUGUCAUGGUUUUGCCAGUUAACCUGUGUACCAAGCAUUAUAUCAUUAUUUGUUGCAUGCUCUAUAUCUUAUGACAAUUGUUUUCUGUUCUUUUGGAUUUUCGUAUCGGAUUAUCCUUUAUAAUCAUAUAUGUCUUGUUUGCUUGGUUGGACUGAUUAUUUGGAUUCUAGACCUUUGCCUGUUUUUUGACCAUCCCUUUUUGGACUGUUGUUUAAUAAACUUCUGC